AUGUCUGCCACCACGGAUCGCAACCCUGUACGAGACCAAGCUGAAAGCGAUGCCUGGUUUCCAUCCCCUUACUCGCUCACCCAGUAUACGUCUUCUAAGACCGACUUUGACGGAGCUGAUUACCCUAAUCCUUACAAAGGUGGCAAAUGGAAAGUCCUUCUCAUUGCAUCGCAAGAGCGUUAUCUCGAGAUGGCUGAUGGCGAGUUUUUCUCCACUGGUAACCAUCCAGUAGAGAUGCUAUUGCCUAUGUAUCACCUCGACGCUGCAGGCUUCGACAUCGAUAUUGCGACUCUCUCUGGUGACCCCGUGAAGUUUGAAUUGUGGGCCUUCCCGCAGGAGGACAAAGCGGUCAAGGAGAUAUAUGAGAAAUACAAGUCCAAAAUACGCAAGCCCCUCAAUCUUCAUGACGUAUGGGGCAAAGGCUUUACCCAACAAACGCCUUAUAUCGCUGUAUUCGUUCCCGGUGGUCACGGCGUGUUGAACGGCGUCCCUUUCUCAGCAACCGUUGGCAAAGUUCUUCGCUGGGCACAUGAUAACCAGCGUUUCCUCAUUACGCUGUGCCAUGGCCCGGUAUGUAUGCUUGCCGCCGACAUCGACAAGCCUGAGGGUAGCAAAUUUAUUUACGAUGGUUACAAAAUUGAUCUUUUCCCGGACUCGUUAGAUCAAGGGACCAAUGUUGAUAUCGGUUAUAUACCUGGAAAGAUGGCGUGGUAUGUUGGCGAACGGCUCCGCAAGCUCGGUGUCACACCUCUCAACAAAAGCAUCAGCGGUGAGACCCACCGGGAUCGGCUAGUCCUUACCGGCGAUUCUCCGCUGGCGUCCAACAAUCUAGGGAAGCUAGCUGCCGAGACUCUGCUCAAGGAGGUUUCUCGGUAUUCGUGA